GUUAUUAUUCUUGAUGACUUGUCACCUGUCACAUUUUAGUGUUUUAUUUUUAAAUUAUUAAAAAUAUUUAAAAUUAAGUUUAAAAGUUAGUUAAAUAGGAGUAAUAAUAAUUAAUUAAGAAAUAAGUAACAAUAAAAAAUGGCUGAAAAUACGAAUAAUCCUUACGACAUAAAUGGAGCUAAUUUUGAACCAGAUUUGUACAUAGCAAAAUUAACAAAGGACUAUCGGUUGAAACAAAUAAUGGACCAUGAAGAAGAAAUAAGAAGAAAUACCCAAGUAUUACAUUCUGAAAUGCAAACUUUAGUUUAUGAAAAUUAUAAUAAAUUUAUUGCUGCUACUGAUACAAUUCGAAAGAUGAAAACAGAUUUUAAAGAAAUGGAAGAGAGCAUGGAUUCAUUGACAACAAAUAUGGACCGCAUUACAUCAUUUUCAGAUCAAAUAUCAUCAACGCUCCAGGAUACGAGGCAACAAAUAUCGAGAUUAUCAUCAGUUCAUGCUCUAUUAAAACGUUUACAAUUUUUAUUCAAGUUACCAAGUAAUUUAAAAGAUCGAAUGAACGAAGGAAAUUAUGCCCAAGCCGUCCAAGAUUACAUACGCGCGCAAAGAGUAUUAAAUAAAUACGGUCAUAUGCCAUCUUUUCACGGCAUCCAGAAAGAUUGUGAAGAAAUAGUAGAAGAAUUAAAAUCACAAUUGCGGAUGCAGUUUCAUCGGCGAGACGCGACAACAAAAUUAUUAACAGAGAGCGUUGAUUUGUUGUUAAGAUUAAAAGAGCCAGCAGAUUCACUGUGUGAAGAUUUUUUGAAUCACGCCGACAAUCGUUUGGCCGAAAAAUUAGAUAAUUUGAAGGACAUGUGUGAGAAUGAUAUAAUUGAAUUCGUUGACGCUGGUAGUUCGGGUUAUUUAAGUGACUUAUGUCUAAUUGUUGCCUCUUACAAUGACAUGUUUGUCAAUAGACCACGUGCUGGUGACGAUGACAUUGAAAUUUAUGACUUGGACAGCAAUGUUAUGAUACGUCUUGAUAAUUUUAUAAUGAGUAACAUGAACAAGUAUUUUGAUCUGAUGAAGAAAAGAGUCGAGGGUGUGUCGGAUACUGCGAUACUCGUACGCGCACUGGACAGAUUUUACCGCAGGUUGCAAGCCAUGAAUAUACUCUGCAGUGGUGCUGACUUUGCUAACACGGGAAUAGAAAUAGUAAUAAACGCUGGGAGAAAACAGUGUCGCAGUCAUUUGAAUAAUUUGAAGCAGCAUUUAAAUGAAACGUUGGCCAAAGUAAGACAGACAUUGGCGGCUAAAAUAACUUCCGACAAUGAUGGCGGGUUAACGGAACUCCAGGCGAUACUUUUGAUACCGACGAUUGAAAAAAUAAAAGGAAUUCUUCAAGAUUUAUCAGCUUUUUUACAAUCAGAAUUAUCGUUCAGCUUGAAGCCGCAAUUCUCGGAGACUUUUUGCGUCGAAGAAGUCCGAGAAGGUUUGAUCGUCGGAUUCCUGCAUCACUUGACAGCUGUCGCUGGUGGAUUCUGUACGCGCUCUGACGUACCCAAGUAUCCGGCGACUUUGCUACUGCUGUUGAGCAAAAUGUGCAUUGAAUUUAAAGACACUAGUAUUCGCUAUUUGAUUUCAACGACGGAUGACAUGUUCAAUGUUGAAGCUUACGCUACUUCUGUCGGCGCACUUACGUCAGAACAAGAUAUCUGUAGUGAAUUUUCACGAGCUGGACAAGAUCUUUUAAAUCACUAUGUACGUUUGCAAGGUCUUGCUGUGUCGCAGAUGCUGAGGAAAUCUGUUGAGACGAGAGAUUGGCUGCAUACUAUUGAACCAAGAACAGUCCGCGCUGUUAUGAAACGUGUUGUUGAAGAUAUCACGGCUAUUGAUUCUCAAGUUUCGGUUCUCUAUGAUGAUAAUGAUGGUCAGGUUGACAGAAGUAGUGAUAGCAGUCGGAAAACUCACAGUAUCAGCGUUUCAAGGCAUCAAUAUCGCUCAAAUUGGUCAUCAUACACUCCAAGUCAACUUGAUUCAUCACUCGUCAGUAAUAUUCACAAACUUUUCUCAGAAAGAAUUGAAAUAUUCGCUCCAGUUUUGUUUAACAAAGCAUCUAUUUUAACUGGGAUUAUUAAAAUAAGUUUAAAAACUUUUCUCGAGUGCGUAAGAUUGCGGACUUUUAGUAAAUACGGUCUCCAGCAGAUCCAAGUUGACACUCAUUAUCUUCAGCUCUACUUGUGGCGAUUUGUUGCUGAUGAAAAUCUUGUACAUUUUUUACUGGAUGAAAUUUUGGGUAGCGCGGUCCAUAGGUGCCUUGAACCAGUUCUCAUGGAGCCCAGUGUUGUUGACAUUAUUUGUGAAAGAGGAUGAAUAUAUAACUAAUUAUUUAUAAUAAAUUUGAAUUGUAAAUUAAUAAAUAUAAUUAUAGAAAAUGUG